GUAUGGCAGUAAGGACAUCCAAUGUUCUGUGAGUUUAUAUAAAACAAUUAAAUGUAGUUUUUGGUUAUGUGUUCUUUUUUUUUUUUUUUUUUAACUGAGAAAGUCUUUCCUGCUUACACUGUUUUUGGUAUACCUCGCAGUUCAUUUUGGGUCAGGUCUGCUGUUCAUUUGCUUUUAGAGCUUUCACGUUUCCUAUUUGACGCAACGCUAUUUCCGCCACCACUGGAGUUCCGCCGGUGACGUCGCCUUGCAGGUGCGCGUGAACCUGCUCUCGUGAAGGCAGGCAGGUGCUCUUCGGUCCAGCCGCGCCGUCUGUGACCGCACGCCUGUCCUCUUCCAAACAUGGCGGGUUACCUGAGAGCUCUGCGCGCCGUGUUGAGGAGCGCGGCCGCUCCGCUGUCACCGAGCCCCGCGGCGCUUUCACCGUCUGCCGUCUGCAUUAAGAGACAGCAGCAGAGGGACUAUUCAACGAAGCGCAUCAAAGUGGACCAGCCGGUGGUGGAGAUGGACGGAGAUGAGAUGACCCGCAUCAUAUGGGAGUUCAUAAAAGAGAAGCUCAUCCUACCAAAUGUGGAGGUAGAGCUGAAAUAUUUUGACCUGGGUCUGCCCUACCGCGACCGGACGGACGACCAGGUCACCAUCGACUCGGCUCUGGCUACGAAGAAAUACAGCGUGGCCGUCAAGUGUGCCACGAUCACGCCUGACGAGGCUAGAGUUGAAGAGUUUCACCUUAAGAAGAUGUGGAAGAGUCCAAACGGCACCAUCAGGAACAUUUUGGGUGGCACGGUUUUCCGUGAGCCAAUCCUGUGUAAAAACAUUCCCCGCCUCGUUCCUGGCUGGACACAGCCCAUAACCAUUGGCAGGCACGCCUUUGGAGAUCAGUACAGGGCAACAGAUUUUGUUGUGGACAAUCCUGGGAAGUUCAAAAUGGUAUUCACUCCAGCGGACGGAAGUGACCCCCGGGAGUGGGAGGUCUAUGACUUCCAGGCUGGAGGCUGUGGAAUGGGAAUGUACAACACUGAUGAGUCUAUCAGUGGCUUUGCUCACAGCUGCUUCCAGUACUCCAUCCAGAAGAGGUGGCCUCUGUACUUGAGCACCAAGAAUACCAUCCUCAAGGCCUACGACGGCCGUUUCAAAGACAUCUUCGAGGACAUAUAUGAAAAGUCGUACAAGCCCGAGUUUGACAAGCUGAAGAUCUGGUACGAGCACCGACUCAUUGACGACAUGGUGGCCCAGGUUCUGAAGUCCAGCGGAGGAUUUGUUUGGGCCUGCAAAAAUUAUGAUGGAGAUGUGCAGUCAGACAUUCUGGCUCAGGGCUUCGGCUCUCUGGGUCUGAUGACGUCAGUGCUGGUGUGUCCUGAUGGCAAGACUAUAGAGGCAGAAGCUGCUCAUGGCACCGUCACCAGGCACUACCGAGAUCACCAAAUAGGCAAACCGACCAGCACCAAUCCCAUCGCUAGCAUCUUUGCCUGGACUAGAGGACUAGAGCACAGAGGAAAACUGGAUGGAAACAAAGAUUUAAUAAUGUUCUGUCAGACGUUAGAGAAGGUGUGUGUGGAAACGGUGGAGAGCGGAGUGAUGACCAAAGACCUUGCAGGCUGCAUCCACGGCUUGGCUAAUGUCAAGCUGAACGAACACUACGUCAACACAACUGACUUCCUGGACGCCAUUAAAAUCAACCUGGACAAAGCUCUGGAAAAGUAAACAGAGGAUGUCAUCAGAUUUUGAAGAAUUCUCCAUAUUUUUACCUUUUGCCUGUAUGAAUCUUUGUAUAUGAAUGGAUUGUAUAUUUUUGAUAAACAAUUGUGCCUUUUAUUUUACUUCCUGCUCAGUGCCUGCACUCUUCCAGCUUUGAAUGCUUUUAUACUGUAUAAAGCAGAUAAGGCUACAAUAGAAAUGAAGGUUAAUGUUAACCAAUACUGACUUUGACAGGAAAGUUUCAGGCUUAUUUAACCAGUGGUUGUGUCAGAGCAGAGUACAAGUCUGAACUAUGUAUGCAGUAUCAACAUUAAUAUAAAAAACGUCAAGAACAAAA